CGGUGGAAAACUCAAGAAAAGGCACCAAAGCUCGGAGACUGCGUCCUUAUACAAGAUGAUUGUCUCCCUCCUACGGGAUGGCGACUCGGCCGCAUAAAACAACUUCAUUACGGUUCCGACGGUCAUGUUCGAGUAGUUGAUCUCCGCACUCAAACCGGAACGCUAACCAGACCGCUCGUCAAAUUAUGCUUUCUACCAACCGCCGAAGAUAAAGAAACGUAAAACCGAAACCGCAAUGUUAAUAAAUCAAUAAAUCGAUAAAACAUAUAAACCGCUUACCAAAUCGAAACCUCGAAUAACAUAAAUGACACAAAAACUUAACAUAAAUGUCUGAUAAAAAAAUUACAUCCUAUUCAUGCCACAUAUCGUGGCACAAAAAGUAAUAUGGACGUGGAUAUGGCAUCAUCGUCAACGCCAACCAUGCGUUCGGCAGUUUCCGCCCCUCGCUCUGAAGCUGGCCCAAUAGCAGCACCCCGGACCAACACUGCACCGGCAGCGCCUCGAACUACGACAGGCUCCACCGCGACAACGGCUCCGCGUCAAAGCACGCCAGCAGUACCAGCGGAUCUGCAACCAAUUUGUUGUCCACUAUGCCGCCGCCCUCAUCGGCUAUCGCACUGCGGUAUAUUCAAAGGCAUGCCGCCGAUGCAACGCCAGCAGGUGGCACAGGCGCACGGGUAUUGCCUGAAUUGUCUGGCAAUUUCCCACGCAACUCAAGAGUGCCCAUCACAGAAUCGUUGCCAAAUCUGUGUGCGGGCUCAUUAUACGCUGUUGCACCGCGCUACCAGACGCGACUCCGGGCGACCACCGGCUCCUCGCACCAGCGGUAAUGUCAGGCGUUCUCAAAGAACUCCUGUGACGGCUUACCGCCGGCGUGGACACACUCAAGUAGAAUCUCGUCCCUGGCGCCAAAACCGGACAACAUCAACACGGCGCCAUCCGCUUAGGCCGCAGUCCCGGCGGUCAACAGGCCUCAGCAGCGUUGUAGCUACGCUACAGCAGCUACAGCGGCUUCUAGGCUAAAUACUCGCCUAGGGGGGCCGGGAUGGCUAAAUGAGUAGCGACGUCGCAUCACAUCUGCAUCAAUUUAUCACACCGAAUCGACUAUUCACCUCAUCACGCGAGAGAACACCACCCAUUAACACACAUACACGCACAUGCACCCAAACGCGAUGACUUACUGCAAUCUAAUUAGAACAAAAGGAAUUGAGAAAGCAGCUCGCGCAUUCUUCGUUGAUACGACGUCGACCAAGCAGCAUCGCUUUUCGCAGCAUCGCUUUUCGCAGCCUCGCAGUAUCCCGGUUCCCUUUCGCUACCCGCGUUUAUAUAUUUAAAGUUUUAAUUUCAUAUUAAAGUCAUAUUGUUAUCACUUUCAUCAUUAUAUACAUAUGUUAUAUAUAUAUAAGAUAUAUAUGUAUAUUUAAAGGUUUAAACCACUGUUUAAAACUAAUUUUGUAACAACUCUAAAGUGAAUUUUCAAAUAAAAGGUUUAUAACGAUUUGCGGAAUUUGUGCAUUUUGGUUUUUCUUUAAAGGAAAGUGUGAGUGGCCUAGAA